GGGAGGUCGGGUCUGCCCUGUCCUCUAUAUUUAACUCAAACUACAGACCGCUAGGGCUGUGUGAAGCUCUUCCUACAGUAUCUCUUUCUUUCUGUGUCUCUGUGUACGUACAGUAUGUAGUUGCUCUAAAAUGCACUACAACCUUUCUUAGUUGCGAUUCCCGCAUCGGACAUUCAGUAAACAGGGCAGAGGUUGUCAGCUGGACAUCUACCUCCCUUCUCUUUCUGACACACACGACUGGCCAAGUAUGAUCCUCAUAGUAAAGCUGUCAUCAGCUGUGUGUGUCCUUGAGACUGUUAAAGUGUAGGUCAGUAGUGAAGUCAUGUGUUUCUGAUUGGGUAAACAACACCAGGUGGUCAUUUUAUAGCACCCUCCAAAUGACCCUGUGAUUAUUACAUGGAAAGACUCCGCUGAUUCACAGUGUCCUGAUUCUAUACAGACAAAGUGGAGCACAGCUACAUUUCCCCUUUAAGUGCCUCUGUCCUCUAACUGAUGUUUUGCAGGUAAAAGCAGAGGCAGACAGCGGCCUUCGGCCCCACCAGCCAUGGAGGGACUCUACUUUGAAGUGAAGCCCAGACGGGAUGAACCCUCCAAGCCAGGGAGCGCUGAGAGACCCCUUCCUAACAUAACUUUAAACCACCGCUCAUGUCCAUCACUUUCACAUUUCACCUCUUCCGCACUGUGUCCUCAGAAACCCUCUUCUGCUAGGGACAGGAAUACAACAUUGGGGGAAAAGGUCAAGGAAGAAGGAGAGGAGGAGGUACGAUACAAACUGAUAUUGAUCGGUUUUCUGCCCGUCCACCACCUGACCACCAUGGCCAUGCUGCCUUGGGUGGUGGCUGAGAUCAGCAAGUCUCGGCUUGCAGAGAAGAAUCUGGGUCCUGGGAUGCGGUCUGGAGGACAGUUGGAACCUUCUACCUGUAAUCAGAAAGUUUUUCUGUGUGCGUCAGCAUCAUUGGUGCGAUGUGUGUCCGUUCUGGGAGAGGGAGUUGUCUGGGACCCUUUGACACACACAGUGCUGUUUGAAUGUCGUCCUCAUCAAGUGACAAAGCUAAUUCACAACAGCCAGGAGCCUAGCAGCUUUGGCUGCAUGGUCAGAGAUGCAAAAAACUGUGCCUGCUAUGUCUUCCAGUGCCAGGACAGCACCAAGGUUCCUGAGAUCAUCAGUACGUUGAGACAAGCUGGCAAGAGCUCCGCACGCAGUGAUGACAUCACCACCAUUUCCAACAAAACUUCCACUGGAGGCAACGAUUCAUCUGAAAAAUGCUUUUCUUCUCUCUCCACAAUGACAACCUCCGCAGCACCCUCUGCUGCUGUGUCUCCGACGGCCUUUUCCAAGAAGUUUGAGGUGCUGUUCUGCGGCCGUGUGAGUGUUGCUCACAAGAAAGCCCCUCCGGCCCUGAUUGAUGAGUGCAUCGAGAAGUUUGGCCAGUUGCAUGGCUCAGGGACGAGCAAUAAAGAAGGAAAUAGUGGGGGAUUGGUGGGUGGGCUGAGGAGGGUAUUAGCCUUUCAAUCCAAUGGACUCGAGAGCAGUGACAAUGGUAAUGGUGCUGCAAGGAGCCCAACCACUGGGAAGCAUCCUGUCCUGUUUAAAAGAGACCCCAGCUUUCCCUGUCUGCAGGCCCUGGAUGAGAAUGGACUCUCUCCUGAGAUCUCUCUCACCAGCACUACAGACUCACACACCCACUCUGCUGGAGUACAGCCCACCAGCCUGCAGGAGAACAGGACCAUGCUGUUUACGGUGGGCAGGUCUCAGAUCUUCUUGGUUAGUCCAGACACUAAGAAAGUUGCCAUAGAGAAGAGUUUCAGAGAAAUCUCCUUCUGCUCACAGGGUAUUCAUCACGUGGAUCACUUUGGCUUCAUUUGCAGGGAGACAGUGGAAGGAGGAAGCUUCCACUUUGUUUGCUAUGUCUUCCAGUGCACCGAUGAAUCACUGGUGGAUGAGAUCAUGCUGACUUUGAAGCAGGCGUUCUCCGUGGCAGCCCUGCAGCAGAAUGCAAAGACCCAGAGCCAGCAGUGUGACAGCUGCCCCAUACAGCAGCUCCACAGACUGUGUGAGAGGAUAGAAGGUCUUCCCCCAUCUAAAACCAAGCUGGAGCUUCAGAGACACUUGGCCACUCUGGACAACCAGGAGCAAGCGUCAGUCUUUGAAAACACUAUGAGGGCUCGUCCUAAGAGCGAUCAGGAAGAGAAUGAGUUGGUGAUGGCCUCUUUAAGGAAUCUGUAUGAGGAGAGGCAGAGGAGCCAUCAGCACACUCUGCCUGGAGACAGAAAACAGCUGUGUGAGGAGGCAGCUCCAGUCCCAGUUGAGGCACAGCAGAGUAGCAGUCGGCAGCGACUUGAGCAGUUCAAGAGCCGAGCCAAGCGCUCUCUCACUGAGUCCCUGGAGGGGAUCUGGAAGGGCAGCAGCAAGGCCAGAGCUCAGAGGGACAACAGUUUAGGAAGUGACAGCGGCUCUUCCAUUUGUACCGUCAACAGCAGCCAAGACCAGCCUUGUCUAGAUGACCCCUUGCCUGCCUUCUCCCAGCUGCGACCCACCAGCCCACUCAGGUGCCACAACUCAACAGGAGACCUGAAGCGCCUUGACUCCUCUCUCGCCCUGUCUCCCUCCUCCUCUUUACCCGGUGAUGCUCAGCCUCAGGGCUUACGCCGACGGGCCAACACUUUCAGCCAUCCUUCCACCCCUUCCUCAGCAGAGUACUCACCGGUGCACACACUAACUCACACACCACAGGACCCUACUGCAGCUACUAAGCCCAAGCUCGUAAGACACUACUCCGUCAGCACCGACACUCCACACCAGAGCAAACAUGUCCCAACCGACUCCACCCUUCCUCCUGUUCCUCCCUGCCCUUCGUCUCCCUCUCCUUUCCUCCCUUAUCAUCCUUCCUCACCUUCUACUGGAGCCCAGCUCAAUAAAAGAGGUCCUCUGGGUGGUCUGCGUGCUCGUCUCCACUCCUCCUCCUCUGUCCCUAAUUUUCUGAAAUUUUCAUUUCUGGCCCCUGUCCAAGAGAAUGAUUGUCCUGAGCCAAAGAGCAGUGAUGUAGCAGCUCUGUCUACACGAAGUGCAGCAUAUGGAGUAGGGGAAAGCCCUCUGCGCAGUCACCGCCACUCAUGGAGGCAGCAGAUCUUCCUACGGGUCGCUACACCUCAGAAGAACACUGAAACCAAUGAGCGGGGGGAUCCCUGUCUUGAGGGGGGUCGAGUGUGCGUGGGCCAGGUGGGAGUUGGAGGAAGUGGGGACUCGUCCAUAAGGGUGGUGCCUGAGGAGAGGACGAAAAGGAGCAAAGAGGAGCUCAGGGAGCUCUGGAGGAAGGCCAUCCUGCAGCAGAUCCUGCUGCAGAGGAUGGAAAGGGAGAACCAGAAACUACAGGCCUCAGAAAAUGAUCUGCAGAACAAGCGUCUGAAGCUGGACUACGAGGAAAUCACACCGUGUCUGAAGGAUGUCACUCUGGUCUGGGAGAAGAUGCUGGGAACUCCUGCAAGGGCAAAGGUCAAGUUUGACACAGAGACCAUACAUGCUGCUGUUGCACAAGGUGUCCCAAGACAACAUCGAGGCGAGAUCUGGAAGUUUCUGUCUGAACAAUACUUACUCAGGCAGACGGUCCCGUCCAGACCCCCGGCCAAUCCCACUCCAUACAAAGAGCUGCUAAAACAGCUCACCUCGCAGCAACAUGCCAUCCUCAUAGAUCUGGGGCGCACUUUUCCAACGCAUCCAUAUUUCCAAGCACAGCUGGGGGCAGGACAGCUGUCUCUGUAUAAUUUACUGAAAGCCUACUCCCUGCUGGACCCUGAGGUGGGCUACUGCCAGGGCCUGUCCUUUAUUGCUGGAGUGCUGCUGUUACACAUGGGGGAAGAGGACGCCUUCAACAUGCUCAAAUUUCUAAUGUAUGACGUGGGGCUUCGCAAACAGUACAGGCCUGACAUGAUAAUCCUGCAGAUUCAGAUGUACCAGUUGUCGCGGCUGCUCCACGACUACCACCGGGAUCUUUACAGCCACCUAGAGCAGCAGGAGAUUGGACCCAGCUUAUACGCCACCCCCUGGUUUCUCACCGCCUUUGCCUCACACUUCCCCCUCGGCUUCGUGGCCAGAGUGUUCGAUAUGUUGUUCCUGCAGGGGUCAGAGGUCAUCUUUAAGGUGGCCUUGAGCCUGCUGGGGAGCCACAAGCCUCUGAUCCUGCAGCAUGAGAACCUGGAGUCCAUAGUGGACUUCAUCAAGACCACACUGCCCAACCUGGGCCUGGUGCAGAUGGAGAAAACCAUCAACCAGGUUUGUCAGAUGGACAUGUCCAAGCAGCUCCAGGCCUACGAGGUGGAGUACCAUGUCUUGCAGGAUGAGUUGCUGGACACACCCACGACCCUCAACCAACAACAGCGAGCCGCACAGCUGGAGAGGACCAAUCAGAGCCUCCGACAGCAAAACCUCGACCUGCUUGAGGAGCUACAGGUGUCGCACGCUCGCAUCUGCAGCCUGGAGAGCCGAGUGGAUGCUUUGGCCCAGUCGGAGGCCCAGCUGAGGGACCACGUUUCGGCACUGGAGGAGGAGAAGAAGCAUUUGUUUAGCACCGUCACACGCCUCCAGGACCUCCUCACCAGCCUCGGCAUACACACCACCCCUGAUGGACACGCCCCCCCCCACCCUCUGAAAGACACAGUCACAACGACAGCAAAGAUGGAAGACAGAGAGGGUCUGGCGAGCAGGACUGAUGACUCCCUUCCCCACUCUUUGGUUCUUCCAGAGGGUUCAUAACUGCACAUACAUUUUUCCAAAUGGUAAGGUCGCCUAGACGAGGAAUCAUUUGUGGAAGGCCCAGGAAGAGAAGGUCGAGUGAGACGUAAAGAUGACUCCCUACCUCGACCUUUAUCCUCUUCCCGGCUCCAGAAUGUUUUAAUAAGAAGAGAAAAUCCUAAGGUAGUUGGACCUAAAACAGAGAGGAGAAGAAUGGAAAUGUAACAAAAAUGGGGAUUAAAAAAAAUAAAAGAGAAAGAAAAACAAAGGAUGGCACCCUUGAGUAUUAUCCCAAAAAGCAAGACUGCCCACUUCCCGCUCUUUAAUAAAUAUAAAAAGAAAAUGUGAUUUGAACAACAAUCCCCAAAGGUAG